UGGCUAGAUUACGAGUCAUGGUGGAUUGUAUUGGGCACAUUAAUUGUUAUCACGACUGUCUUAUUCUCCCUAUUGUAUAUAUUCUAUAGUACGGUAAGAUGUUGUAUUACAUCAAGCAAAACGAAAACAACGGAUCGAAAACGUGAUUACUGUAAACGUCAUUUACUCAAUAUUUUUAUUACCGUGUUCGUCCUCAUAGAUGUUUUUGCGGUAUCCACACUGCUUAUCAGUAGUCAGUAUGCAGAAUAUGGAGCCGAUGAACUACCUCGACGCCUCAGUCAUUGUAUAAAUGAUCUCUCAUAUUAUAAGAAAGAAACGGAUCAACGAAUUCGAAAUACAUUAAUUGAUGAUUUUCAAAAAUUAAAUGAGUCAUUAUCAGCUCUAAUUGCCUCAGGCGGUAAACCGAUUGUGCAGCGUGUCAAAAAAAUUACUGGUGCAUAUGCCAUGGAUCCGUUUCUUAAUAUUUCGAAUGAAGCUCAGGAAUUGUUAAAACUCGUGGCUAAUGAUGAAAAUAAGUUAAAGAAAUUAAACGGUGAAUUGUUUUCAUUGCGAAACGAGCUGACUAAGCUAUAUCAGACUUCAAUUAAUGAAAUACGUACCUGCAUUCAUAAUGAUUUUGAAAUUAUUAAAAGGCAUUGUCAGGAAAUUGGAAAUGAACUAGCUGAUAUCGAUAACAUUACCCUUCAUCUUCAACAAGAUAUUCUUAAUAGUGAUACGAUGAAUGCGUUGAAUAGGUUAGCCGAAUCAGACGUUGCUGAAAUAUUCGUUGAAGCAUUAUCAGAUUUUAAAGAUGGAGAAAUUGAAUUAAACAAAAAAGUACAGGAAAAAGAACAAGCUAUACAAACAAGUAUAAAAGAAAUUCACCAUGAUCUGUUACGCAUUGCUGAUACAUUAUCAACACAAAUACGACAAAUUAAACCAGAAUUAUUGCAUAAUGUAUUGAAACAGUACAUGGGCGCUAAUUAUCAUAACAUUGUGCAAUAUACAUGGUAUGCUUCCCUAACUUUAUGUGCCAUAUUUUCAUUAAAAGUGCUUUAUUUCUUAUUUGCAUUAUGUUAUGGUUGUUUUGGACGACGAUCAAAUGAUUUUCGAAAUGACUGCUGUGUUCGAACUACUGGUAGUAAACUUUUCGUUUGUGGUAUUUGGUUAGCAAUAAUACUGUUACCAGUGAUAGCUGCAUUAACAGCUUCCUUACUGCUGAUUGGUGUUAAUGCCUAUUCACUUGGAUGUUGGCCAUUGGAUGACCCAUUUUCAAGGCCUGAUAUGCUUUCCUUUAGUGAACGUAUGUUUGAUGCGUGGCGUAAUAAACAGAUCGAAGAAGAUUUAUCACCACUAAUGAAUCAAUUAUCACUAGCUAAUGUGAUAAGAUCUUGUAUGCGUAACGAAACAUUAUAUCAUAUAUUUGCCAUGGAUAACAAGUAUCAUUUGUAUGAUUUACGACAAUAUGGUAAAGAAUUAUACGAUCGUCUAGAACUAAAUAUUCAAGAUGCUUUUUCGGAUAUAAGUUUGUCCAAAUCAAUUGCAACAUUUGCUUCACCAGAACAACUUGCAAUGUUGCAACAAGCUGUCAAUAUUACCAUUAAGUCAAAUAUUCCGCAAAUUUCCCUCCAGAUUAAAAAUAAUGUAGAACAGUUGGAAAAAUUUCCUCGAUUGAUAAGUCUUAUCGAAGAUGAUCAUGCAGGUGGAAAUCUUCCACGAUCCGUUCAAAUAAUUGCUGAACAAUGGCGAACAUUUCAGGUUAGCCUACUUCCUAAUUUCCAUUUGAUUGAUGAAAAUAAAACAAAAAGAAAACAUACAUUUAUUUCCAUUCUUCUUUUAUUCUAA